AUGCGGCCCGAAGCACGGACACCGGAAAAAGCCAAGCAUGGACGCCGCGACUCACCCCAACCCACCAAGCCACAUCACGACACUGAGCCCCAUCGAGAAACCAGUGGACUUAUGCACCCCAAGGUCGACAACCUACCAGAAAAAGGAAUUGGCUGA